GGUUUGUAUAAAGAUCAAAGAGUGUUAAAUUCACUUCUGUCAUCUUCACUAUUUCAAACAAAACCAAGAAAAAGUUAGAAUUUCUUUUGCAUUUUUGGUUGCUGCCAUUCUUGCAAAAUCUUAAUAUUCAAGAAAGUAUAGGUUAAAGCAAAUGAAAUGCACAAAUAAACUAUAUAACAGGUAAAUAAUAUAUGGACCGACAACAUGCCCAAUCAGCUGAUGCAACUGCUUUACAUAUCGGACACGGCGCCUCCGAUCAGCCGGUGCCACCGGAGGAUUUGGUUGCUCAAGAAAAGAAGAAGAAGCCUCUGCAAGCUCGUUAUGUGUAUGGCAUAAUCUUCUUUAUUACAAAUCUUAAGGCUUGGUUCUUUCGUGACUAUGGUCAAAAGAUUCUAUUUCAGUACUUCAAUUAUAUAAAAGCUUGCGGAGUUGACGGAGAAGAUUGCUGUCGUACAUUGGGAGUUCUUCGAGUCAGCUUAGGAUGUUUUAUAUAUUUCUUUGUUAUGUUUGGCACUACAAUAAGAACAAGAAAAUUAUACGAAGCUGGCAAUUUGUGGCAUUCAGGAUGGUGGACAUUGAAGAUUAUUCUGUUGAUUGUUUCAAUGGGAGUUCCUUUUUUCUUACCUUCAAAUUAUAUUCAAAUAUAUGGUGAAAUAGCUCGCAUUGGUGCUGGGAUUUUUCUUGCUCUCCAACUUGUAAGUGUUAUUGAGUUCAUUAAUUGGUGGAAUAGCUACUGGAUGCCUAAGGAAAUAAAUAAAAGUUGCUCAUUUGGAUUGUUCAUGUCAACAAUUUUUUACAUAGCUUCUGUAUGUGGAAUUGGAGUGAUGUACAAUCACUAUGGCAGUAGUCUUAAGUGUUCUUUAAACAUAUUCUUCAUUACUUGGACUGCAAUUCUUCUUUUAGUCAUCAUGGCUAUAUCCUUACAUUCAAAGGUCAAUAGAGGCCUUUUAUCUUCAGGAAUCAUGGCUUCAUACCUUGUAUUCUUGUGUUGGUCUGCUAUAAGAAGCGAACCUGUGAAUGAAAAAUGCAACAAACGAAGCCAAGCUCAUGGAAAUAGCGAUUGGACCAACAUUCUUAGCUUUCUAAUUGCAAUAUGUGCCAUUGUCAUGGCCACAUUUUCCACCGGCAUCGAUUCGCAAUCAUUUCAGUUCCGCAAAGAUAAAGUUGAAGAAGACGAUGAUGUUCCGUAUGAUUACGGGUUUUUCCACAUGGUAUUCGCCUUCGGAGCUAUGUAUUUCGCAAUGUUAUUUAUCAGCUGGAACCUAAACAACUCGGCACGAAAGUGGAGUAUCGAUGUUGGAUGGGCUAGUACGUGGGUCAAAAUUGUGAACGAGUGGUUCGCUGCCACAGUAUAUUUAUGGAAACUGAUAUCUCCGGUAGUGAGACAGCCUAAAGUCACUGAUCUGGAGGGACCAAAUGAAGCUGAGAGAUGAAAAUUGUAGUCCUUUAUUAGAGUUAUAUUGUUAUUAUUUCUUCACCAUUUUUUAAUUGUAAUCUCCAUGGUGCUCUAUUCUUUAAGCCUAUAAUUUAAUAUAUCAUAUAGCAAGUUUUUUUCUCAAA